GUUUUCCGCAAUAUUGACCCGGACUUUCCCCACGUUCGAGAAAUUGCAGCCAAUGCUAGCCUCUGCUUUGUUAACGCUGAUGAGAUGUUCGAUCUGCCCAGACCAAUUAUUCACAAAAACAUCUAUAUUGGUGGAUUGGGAAUAAGCGAUCCCAAACCGUUAAAUGAGGAAUUCACCGCCAUAAUGAAUAAGGGCAAAAAGGGAGUUAUCAUCAUCUCGCUAGGCACUAUUGCACCUUUCCAUAUCCUUCCUGAGAAUGUGAAGAAAGGUUUCGCAAAUGUGAUCAAGUCAAUGCCUGACUACCACUUCUUACUCAAAGUUAGCAAAGUCUAUCGCAAAAAGCGUGUGUGA